AUGAGAUCAGGUGCAGCUGGAUUCACAGAAUGGCUGCUUUUCCACUUGUGGAAGCAGAACGAAAGCACAGGACUCUGCUGUCCUAAUAUCCUCCUUCCUGAAACUGUCAUUUAUCGAUGAGCCAAGCCUUUUUUUUGGUAUUUUUGUACAGAAACUGGUGAAUUGUUGAGAAAAUCGAAAACAAAAGUGACCCAUAAAUUUAUUUUCCAGGAGUUCAUGGACGAAAACAAGCAGAUAAUCGCUUCAUUUAUGGGGUUCAGCGACAACAAAAAAGAUAAAGCAAACAUAGCAACGGUCGAAUUUUUUACACCGGAGUCAUUUAAUGAUUUCAUCCAUAACCGAGAUAAGCCUUUGAGUGGGAUCUUGCAGAAGUGAAUCCAUCCUAAAAAUGCACAGAAUUCUCUGAUUAAAGUCAUAUGAAGUCCUCAGUUUUGUUUGCUUGAAAAAAGAACAAAUAUUCAUAAAUUGGAUGACCCGAAGAUGGAAUUUUAUGAUAAACUUGUCACAUAUGAAGGGCUAGAGCAUAAUAGCAAAAUUGAUUCAUUGUCUGCGCCUUGACUAGUUGAAGAGGUGCAAAGGAUUUGUUUGGGAAUUGUAGAUCAUAUUAAAGCAGUGACUGGAGGAAAUGUCACAGUUGCGAGGAUGACUUUGUUUUUCAAACAAGAUGCAGAUGAUUUGUUGUGGCUGCAGUUUUGCAGUUCGCUAAAAGUAUUUGACUUGACUCGCUCUAACAAGGAAAACGAAAAAAUGCCUCAGGAGCUUAUAUUGAUGAUUUCCAGCUUGGCAACUGAAAAAAAAGUGAAAAGCUCUUGCAAAUUCAGUGAAAUGAGGAAAAACAGAGAAUUGUGUGUUGGCUGUAACCAUUUGGUAAGAAGUGAAUAUAUGCACAACAUUUCAUUGAGAUUAGUGCUCAAGUUUUCUGAGAUAGGCAAUGAGCCACCUGAUCAAGUAAACGAUGAAACUGCGUUGGUGCUAAACGAAAGCUCCGAAGACAAAUGCAACCUUGUGCCAAAUGUUUUAAGAAGGCUCAACCCAUUAUUAACUAACACAAAAUAUGAAGAAAUGAAAAAAGACCCGUCCUGGGGAGCCCAAGAAAUAAAAGUCUGCGAAGACUGCUACCUUCACUACACAAGUUUUUAUGCAGAAUCCAAAAAGAAGCUACCUCCGAGGAUAAAGCCGACACACAAAACCGAGACCACUUUUGAUUUGAUGUCAGAAAUCAGCCCAGUCACAAAUAAAAACAUUGAUUUUAAGUUAAAAGAAGAGUUUAAUUUCAAUAUCAAUCCAAAAGUGAGCCAAACUAUAAAGAACCCCCCGCUUCCAAUAGUGAGGCAAAACAUCAUAAGGGUGAGAACUCAUUCAGCGCUGCCUUCUAAGCCUCCAAGCAGGCCUAAUUCAAAGAAGUCUGAAACGAGGCUCCCUUUGUUCUCUUCAGAAUCAUAUAAGCGAGCUACCAUUGUAUAUGGAAGAAAAUCAGCUAUAAAUUUUGACACUGAAAUCAUCUCAAAGCACCCGAGAGGCGAAAGUUUGGACUAUAAAAGCCUAAAAGAAGGAGAAUUCAUCAAAGAUACCAUUGAAAAGCUAAAAAUUGGCUUAAGUAAGGUAAAGAAGAUGUAA